GAGCAAGAGUCCAAGAUUCUUCGCAACCCCCGGCAAAUUUCCUCGGCCAGAAUUAAAAUUCACAAACACCCUUAAAAACUCCCACCAUUUGCUGUUGGCUAUUGAAUUCCUCGGGAAGAACAGCUUGACUCCGGCUGCCAAAUCACUUCUUAUCGGUCUCCAAAAACAGACUUGGUUUGAUAUAAAGCUUUGGUGAUUUUCAGCGUUCGGUUCUAAUUUGACUCCAUGUUGAGUGCCUCUUCCUCUUCCGCUGUCUUCCGUCGCUUCUUUCUUCCACCCUCAACCUCUCCAUUUAAGGGCUUCAGCGGAUCCCCAACCCUUUGUCCUAUUUCUCGGCCGUUUCGGAUCUUGGAAUCUAAGUCACCAAAGAACAAUUUGAGUAUCUUGUGCUUUAGGCACGAACAUCGUUCUUCAGAAACCCCAAAGGCUGAAGUUAUAAGUCAUUAUCUUCCCGAGGAGUUGGUGCAACCUGAAUUUUCUCAGUCAAGUGUCACUAAAAGAGACUGGAAUUCGGGCCUUCAGAAGUCUGCUAAUACUGUAUUGACGAUAUUUGGCAAACAAUGGGUUGUACCUUGGGCUGCAGGGACCAUAUUACUUGUUAUGCUUCUAUGGACAACAGUAUUUUGGUUUAUAGGAUCUUGGUUGAUUCCUUGUGCGGCUCAUAUAGCUGGUUUUAACAAGGAAUCGUUGACAUUUAGAGGACAGGCACUAUUUAGCCUAGUCACUGAUAUGACUGAAGGACUAGCUGGCAUUGCAAUUCUUCAGCUUUGCCUAUCUCGGUAUCGUCCCCUUCCCCCUGAUUGGUUCAGAUUUAGCCUGAAAGGGAAAUGGCAGCUGGAUGUCAUCAUGGGAUGUCUCAUGUUUCCCCUGGUCAAUCGACUCUCACAGUUCAACCUGGACCUGCUACCCCUUUUGCCUUCAUCGCCUGUCACACUUUCAAGUGUUGAACAAUCAAUAAUGGCAAGGGAUCCCGUGGCAAUGGGAUUAUUUGCAAUAGUGGUAUCAAUCUGUGCUCCUGUAUGGGAAGAGAUACUUUUCCGUGGUUUUCUACUUCCAUCGCUUACCAAAUACAUGCCUGUGUGGUGUGCAAUACUGGUGAGUUCAGUUGCCUUUGCUCUUGCGCAUUUCAAUUUACAGAGGAUGCUACCACUUAUUUUUCUUGGGAUGGUGAUGGGUGUAAUAUUUACCCGAUCAAGGAAUUUAUUACCGUCCAUGCUCUUGCACAGUCUUUGGAAUAGCUUUGUCUUCUUAGACCUCAUGAAAUAGCUUCCAUUAAAGCCAUAAUAGUUUAGCAAAUCAUGACUGGUGAGCCUAAUUUAUUUGUAUCAUUUGCUCUGGAUCACCGUCUACCUAAGAUAAACAGGGACUCAAUCUCAGGGUCCUCCAAGUAUCCGUUAACAGGAACUGAGGACGAUGCCUGACAAUUGUUUGUUCUUGUUGUUGGUGAAAACAAGGCAUAAUGUAAACCUGAAAAAUCGACUUGGAUAAUGAAAACAUGAUGUAGGGCUGUUGUGACAUAUCCCACUUAAUCAUUAUAGUAGCAGCAAAUUUCAUCAA